AUGAGAUGCUAUGAUUCAUGGGAUGAUGAAGACUUUGAUUUAUUUGAUUCUGACGCGGAUCCUGCAUAUUCCCCUGAAAGCUCAUCUGACGAAACUGAUAUGGACGAUGAUAUUGAUAAUGUUAUUGAAGACGUUAUUCAAGCUGUGGUAUCUGAUGAAGAAUUUGAGGAUUUGACAGACCUACCCGACAGUUAUGACCAGGAGAAUAAUAUAAUCACCACCGAUGGAUGGACAGAAUAUGUGGGCAGACAAAAAGUGUUUGAGUUUAUCGGAAAGCAUGGUUUGCAAUCAGACAUUUCACAACAAAGCACACCAUUGGAUAUAUUUUUACUACUUGUUGAUGAAGAGAUCAUUAACCACAUUGUUGUUGAAACAAACAGAUAUGCAGGGCAAAUUAUUUCAUCACAACCAAAAUUGAAGCAUUCCAGGAUAAAUCGGUGGAAUGAAACAAAUCAUGAAGAAAUGAAAAAAUUCUUAGGAUUGAUGAUGUGGAUGGGUUUGGUACCACUAGGUCGUUUGGAAGACUAUUGGUCACAAAAUGGAGUCUACAACAUGACAAUUCCACGUGCGAUAAUGUCACGAAAUCGUUUUCAGAUAUUACUAACUAUGCUUCAUUUUGAUAACAAUGAAACGAGCGAUACCAGUAACAGGCUGCGAAAAAUACAGCACCUAGUUGACAUGCUACAACAAAAGUUCAAAGCCCUAUUUUACCCGGGAGAAGAUUUCGUUAUAGAUGAAACUCUUGUUCCAUGGAGAGGGCGCCUAAUUUUCAGGCAAUAUAUUCCAAAUAAAUCCCAUCGUUAUGGAGUCAAACUGUUCAAGCUGUGUUCAGUUGAUGGAUAUACAUGGGGUCUUAAAGUCUAUACUGGAAAGUCUGCAUCUGGAGAGCGUGAAACCGGAUUAGCAAAAAGUGUGUGUUUGGAACUAGCGGAAUUACUUCUCAAUCAAGGCAGAACUCUCUAUAUAGACAAUUUUUAUACUAGUUUAUGA